AUGCAGCUACCAGUCGAGCAGUGGUACUUUGAUAUCCCCGUUAUCACUAGGCUAUAUUCCACCUGCGUGGUCUUGAUGACCCUUGCCUGUCAAUUAGACUUGGUCUCUCCUUAUCGCCUAUUUUACAGCUGGACAAUGGUUUGGAAGGCAAAGCAGUACUGGAGAGUAAUUACAACUUUUCUUUAUUUUGGAAGCUUUUCGGUGGAUUUUCUAUUCCAUAUGUUCUUUUUAGUCCAGUAUUGUCGUAUGCUGGAAGAGGGAUCUUUCCGUGGAAGAACUCAUGAUUUUCUCUGGAUGUUUGUUAUCGGUGCAACCUCAAUGGUGUUGAUAUCAUCACUGUUUGAUGCAAACAAAGAAGUUCCGUUUCUCUCAUCAGCAUUCACGUUCAUGUUAACCUACGUCUGGUCACGACGUAACCCAUCUACUCGUAUCAAUUUUUUGGGCCUCUUCAACUUUGAUGCGCCUUAUCUACCAUGGGUAUUGAUUGGAUUCACUCUGGUAUUCCAUGGUGUGACUCCUUGGGCUGAUUUUAUAGGAUUGGCUGUUGGACAUGGCUACUAUUAUCUUGAAGAUGUUUAUCCACAUCUAAGAGGGAGUCACGGACAUCGACCAUUGGCUACUCCAGCGAUUGUUGAACGGGCGUUUGAGUGGAUGGAGAGCGUCAGUAAAGGAAAUGGUGGUUAUGCUGCAGUGCUUCCCGAUGCGAUGCUACCAGAUGCAGAUGGUGGUGUACAAGAGCAUUUACAUCAAGAUUAA